UCCUGCCCUUUUCCCAACCUACUCUUCUUCGAUUUGCUAACUGUAUAUCAACUCAACACUCAGAAUAAUGCCAAUCCACUAACCACCAGAGAGCCGGAAUCAAACAUCCCUCAGCUCUUAUUUACAGUUCACCUUCAAAGAGAACCAAAAAAAAUCCCCAGAAAAAGGAGAAAUACUGAAGAAAAAGCGACAUAAAAAAUGGAAAAAGGCAGCUUUAGUGCGGAAGAUCUAUCAACAAUUGGAGGGAUUGCAACAGUCUCAUUGCUUCACUCAUUCAUUCCGACCCAUUGGCUCCCUUUCUCCAUUGUUGGCCGUGCCCAGAAAUGGACCCUUUCUAGGACCAUUCUCGUCACUGCAUUUGGCGCAGUUCUGCAUGUAGUGUCCACAUCCCUUCUUGGCAUAACAGCAGUUACCAUAUCAAACACCAUUGCUGGAGAAGAAACUGUUCACAAACUUGCUUCGCUAUUGCUCAUAUUUCUUGGUGGUAGCUAUGUCAUCCUCUUCCUAACUGGGAAGGGUGGUCACAGCCAUUCCCAUAAUCAACCCAUGGAGAAAAUGGCUGUUGCUGGGCUUGUCCUGGUUCCUGCAUUAUCUCCUUGUGCAACCACUCUUCCAGUUUUUCUUGCUGUUGGGAACUCAUCCUCCAUGAUGGUACUUGCUAUCAUUGUUCUGCUUUUCAGUACCAUAACCGUGAUGACCUCCCUGGUGGCUCUCUCAUUCUAUGGUGCAAGUCAGCUGAAGUUCCAUUGGGUGGAACGCUAUGACAAGCUCCUUGUAGGUUCAGUGCUUUGCUUAGUUGGAAUGUUGACUCUCAUUUUCCAUGAUCAUCAUCAUGAUGGAGAUUUAGUGUCAGGAGGAGUCCAUGACAGAAAACUGAUUGUUUUAUAAGAAUUUCCUUUAAAUCUGUAGGUUUUUUUACCGCGAGUUAAAAAUUUCACAUUGCUUGCUUAUCUGUAUCUAGUCAAGAAAUGGCAAACUUAUGUUCAUUGUGCCAUUUAUGAGCAUUGAUCUCUGAUGCCUACCACUGCUUGUGGCCCCUUUGGUCAUUUCCUCCUUGUACAGAACAGCAACAUUCUGGGGAUAUAAUUGUUUUGGCUUCCAUGAUGAUA